AGAAGACAUAUCUGAGCUGAAAUUUGAGGAAUUCUGUUUAAUAAUGAUUUCAAUCUUAAAGAUUUCAGUUACAUUUCCCCCAUAAAUCUCAACAUACCUCAAAUUACAAAAUGUUAUUCCAUUAACAUUUGACUACAUGGAUAAAUGACAUCAGGUUGGCAUAAUCUGAUAUUUCCCACUCAUGCUGAACUAACUAAGGCUGGCUUGCGCUGCAGUGAUUUCCUGUUUACAUUGUUGAUUGCUCCUCAUCGGACAGUGCUACCGAUUUACACGACUUAUUACCAGCUAACACAAUUCUUAGGUUUUAAUGGGGUUAGCUUGAAACUAGCUCGUAGUUAAAUAGUUAGGACUUAGAAAGGACUUUAUGUUCCGAUAUUAUUGUAUGAAUAUGUAAAUGUUGUUGAUUUCUAAAGUUUUCCUGCUGGACACAAGAUGUCUCCUACUUCACUGUAAAGUCCAUUCUCAGUGGAUGUGCACUGGUGGCUUCAAGUUUCUACAUCACACUGUACAAGUUGAUACUGGACCAGGACUGACUUCCUGACUAUUUGUGAUGUCACAAAUCCUGCUGGUAGGCCCCGCCCCUAAAAUCAGAUUUUCAAUGAGCACAGAGAAACUUUCCACUUUCAGCAGAUGAAUGUGAAAACAUCCUUCUAGUGUCAAACUCUGCACAGACAGCAUUCAGACAGCACACUGUAGGGACAAGGACAAACACUGGUUUCUGACUGGAUAUAAUGAUAAUAGUGCAUUUAAUUCCUUCACUAACAAUACAGCUAAACUAUUCCUCUUAUUAUUAAUACGUAGAUAUUCACUGUUCCUCUUAAUUUUGUUCCCUUUUGUCAUUUGCCACUGUUUCAAAUUCAACAAACAGUUAAAGGCCAUGCCAUAUUGUGAUGACCGCUGACAUUCUGCGAAAAAAUUCCACUUGAUGAUGGAUUAGUGGGCAAACCGUCUCUCUGAUGUCCAUAUCAAUAAAGAGGGCACAGCGGGUCAGUAAUUUGCCUGCUAGGACUUUUGCAUUGAUGAUUCAGGGAUUUUUGCUCUAUGCCCAGGAUCAAGACUUUUGGCAGCGAUGCCAGCGAGUUAAAUCCCUGCUCAUUGAACGAACAGCUAAAGUGGGAUCUGCUAACCCUUUGAUUGAGGUUUAUAUAGCGGGGCUCUGGUCCUGCUUUGUGAGACCACCGUUUUUCUGCAGGUGACUGGCUCCAGCACUCUUUCCAAGAUGAGUAGUAAGGUAAGAGAGUUAACAAAGUUAAAUAGGCAGGUUAACUUUAAGAAAGUACAUUUAAAGGCAUGUUUAACUAAAUUAAAAUUACAUUUUAAAGCAUAAAAGGUCAUUUGAAAACCAUAGAUGGUCAAAUUGAUUAAGACUGGUUAGUUAAAACUGUCUUUGACUUCUUUUACUGGCUUAAUGUUGAAGAAAAUCAGCAUGCAGGAAAAAAUACAACAAAAAGCUGAUCUAUAUAUAUAUGUAUAUGAUAUAAUUUCUCUACAGCAAGGACAUGAUCAAUACUGUAUAUUCAGAAUAACACUUUCUUACUAGUAUGAUCAUUGCCAGAGCAGACUGUGUUAAGAUAUCAUACAUUUUUGAUGAACUUAUUAUCCACAAGCUAAGCUCUCAUUCGCCCCUGCUUCUGCUCUCUCUCCUGGACUCACAGAUCACGUUUUACGAGGACAGAAACUUCCAGGGCCGCUCCUAUGAGUGCGACACCGACUGCCCUGACAUGCACCCCCACUUCAGCCGCUGCAACUCCAUCAAGGUGGAUAGUGGCUGCUGGGUGCUGUACGAGAAGCCCAACUACAGCGGCUACCAGUACGUGCUGACCAGAGGAGAGUACCCAGACUACCAGCGCUGGAUGGGCUACAAUGACACCAUCCGCUCCUGCCGUACCUUCUCUUAUACCAGCGAGGGCCCCUACCGCAUGCGCAUCUACGAGCGCCCCAACUUCCAGGGUCAGAUGAUGGAGUUCAGUGACGACUGCGAGUCGGUGCAGGAUCAUUUCCGCAGCCGCGACAUCUACUCCUGCAACGUCAUGGAUGGCUACUGGACCCUCUACGAGCACCCCAGCUACCGUGGCCGGCAGUACUUCAUGAGGCCCGGAGAGUACCGCAAGUUCAGCGACUGGGGGGCCACCUGCGCCACCACCGGAUCCUUCCGCAGGAUCACAGAUUUUUAAUCUUGGUUUUAUUUGCAUUUCAGUUUCAUCACACUUCUUCCUAUAUGCCUCAGCCUUUAAAAGACAUGUAUUUGUGGGAACUGGUAAUGUUAAUAAAAUAAUGUGUCCUGUGGUCGAGUAAGGAGUGGGAUGUUUCCAUUCGGCUAUGAUAAAGAGAUUGACCCUGCAUAUCAGUAUGAUAUUGUUUUAAAUAACUAAAUAAAUUAAUUGAUUGUAAACUA